UAUUGUGUGUACGAUUUUCGUAUUGCGCUGUAUCAUUACAGCGAGUCGCGUGAAUUGCGUCACCGAAAAGUUUCACUUCCUGGUUACUGCAGCUCUAGGUUUCAUAGAUUUGGAAUGAAAGCAGUUUCCCGUAACUGGGUUGCAUCGGUGCAUGUAGCGCUUAGUCUUAUUGGGGUUCCGUACGCUGCUGGUACAAGUGGAGUUUGCAGGAAGAACGCCGUUAGCUGCAUUUCCAGUCUCUGUUCAUCAACAUCUGUCUGCAUGUCUCCUGCCGCGCACGUUAAGUCUCGUUGUACAUCAUAUACCGGCUCAGACACACCCCGCUUCCCUGUUCCAGAUGACAAAGUAGAUUGGGACACAGACUGGCCCCAGUAUAGCCCUGUUAACUAUACCGCCCCCACUGUGCUGAAAAAGCCUGUUUGGGCUGACCCAGAGAUUGGUGCAUUUUCCCCACAGUUCAAUUCUUUGGAUGGAUCUGUGGACAGGGAAAGCCACGAGGGCUCAUAUCGUAUCCAGAAUGGCAAACCACUUAAUCCACAUGGAAGAACUGGGCUAGAGGGCCGAGGAUUACUGGGAAGGUGGGGUCCAAACCACGCCGCUGAUCCAAUAGUUACCAGGUGGAAAAGGGACUCUACAGGACAGCGUGUCCACCACACUAACUCUCAACUACCUGUGCUGCAAUUUGUGUCCAUCAAGAGGUUGGACUGUGGCGAAUGGGCCAUCCCAGGGGGAAUGGUGGACCCUGGAGAGCGCAUUUCUCAAACAUUGCAGCGCGAGUUCUCAGAAGAGGCAUUGAACUCUCUGCAAGCAUCUCCAAGUGAGAGGGAAAAGAUCCAAAAGCGAAUCACUGAGCUUUUCGACUCAGCAGGUCUUCAGGUGUAUAAAGGCUAUGUAGAUGAUCCAAGAAACACAGAUAAUGCUUGGAUGGAGACAGUUGCAGUCAAUUUCCAUGACGAAUCAGGCAAUAGUGCGAGUGAGCUUCCAUUGCAAGCAGGCGACAACGCAGGUCAAGUGAGCUGGAUUGAUGUUGACUCCUCCCUGGCCCUUUAUGCGAAUCACUUGCAUUUCCUAGAGACAGUUGCUAAGGAAAGAAAUGCCCACUGGUAACAGAAAAUAGUAAAAAGUGCUUUCUGCUUUAACAAAUGAAGGAAAUCUUUUUAUGAGUCUAAUUUGAAUGAGGCAUAAAAAGAUUUGUAGCUUAGAUACAUAAUUCAGACAGAAACUAGGAAAAUCCGGCACAUAUUAAUAUGAAGUGUGUUGGCAGUUGGCACAUACUAAUAUGAAGUGUGCACUGUUUGCCACAACACUGGCAAAAAUUGCAUUCUAAUAAACCAAAUGUUAACUUUUACAAUUACCUAUAUGCUUUCUUAAUAUCCAGUAACGCAUGGCUACUAGAAAUGGAGGCAUACAGAUUAAGUUUUCCCGUUACACUGAACUGACCACUACUGCUUGAUUAAGAACUUAUCUAUGACUCUUUCUGUAAUAACCAAAAGAAAAAAAACCAUCUUAUACACUUAUUCUGUGUUGUAGUCUGUUGUGCUACAUUUCAAUAUUUUGAGGAAAAUGAUUUGGCGUAAAAGUAAUUGAUACCGAAGUGAUUUGAUUUCUUUUAUUUUGACAUACUCAAAA